CCCCCACCUACACACCCAGCCCAGCACAGCACCGCAUCGAUCGUCCUCCUCCAUUCGCAUUGCAUUUCCACCCACCACCAAACGCCCCCCGUUCCAUCCCUCCCAAGAACACCACCACCAAGCAAGAUCCAAGCCCCAAGAUCGGCCUGGCUUCCUCGGAGCAAGAGCAGCAUUUGUAGAGAUCGGUGGAGCUGCGGCGGUUGGAUCAGGGAGAGGGAGGGAGCGGCGUCUGGCGUGCCGGUGGUGGAAGUGCAAGUGGUUGCGCUCGCUUGCGCAGGAGUGAGGGUCAAGUUCCCCCGGAGCUUUUCUUUCUCCUUUUCCCUUUUCACCACACCAUCCACCUGAAACCCAUCUCCAUCUGAAUCCCCCAACUCCAUCCAUCCAUCCAUCCAUCCUCCAUAGUACACGGGUAGAGAGAUACAGAGAGGGAUUGCAGUACAACCCAAGAAACCAUGAUGGUGGUGUGGCAGGGGCAGGAGCAGGAGGAUUGAUCGGCGGUGCUAGCAGGAGUAGUAGUGGCCGCUGCUGUUACUCACCGGUCGCCAUCCCCUCUUCCCUUUAAUCCUUGCUUCACUCCUCCCCUCCCUCCUUCCCGCCUUGUCUUAUUGCCUUGUUGCAAGAGAAGAAAAGGAACCCGGCCGCAUUCCCAACAGCAGCACAUCUUCUUCUCGGUUGGUGCGUCGCUUGUCGCGGUUGUGGUGGUGGUGGUUGUUGUUGUAUGAUCGGUGGCAGCAGACGAGAUGACAAUGGAGCACGGCGAGGAUUGCUGCGUCAAGGUGGCGGUCCACGCCCGCCCGCUCAUCGGCGACGAGAAGCUGCAGGGCUGUAAGGACUGCGUCACCGUCGUCCCCGGCAAGCCACAGGUCCAGAUCGGCACCCACUCCUUCACCUUCGACCACGUCUACGGCAGCUCCGGCACGCCGUCGACGGCCAUGUUCGACGAGUGCGUGGCGCCGCUGGUGGAGGGCCUCUUCCAGGGCUACAACGCCACCGUGCUCGCCUACGGCCAGACGGGCUCGGGGAAGACGUACACCAUGGGGACGGCGUGCAAGGAGGGGACGCACGUCGGGAUCAUCCCGCGAGCCAUGGCGGCAUUGUUCGACAAGAUCGAGAAGCUGAAAAAUCAAGUGGACUUCCAGCUACGCGUUUCCUUCAUCGAGAUCCUGAAAGAAGAGGUGCGGGAUUUGCUUGACCCUGCUACUGUUACUGCUGGCAAAGUUGAGAAUGGCAAUGGGCACACCGGGAAGUUGUCCGUGCCGGGGAAACCUCCGGUGCAGAUUCGGGAGGGGUCAAACGGGGUCAUAACCCUGUCGGGGUCGACCGAAGUGCAUGUCACCACUCAGAAGGAAAUGACCACAUGCCUUGAACAAGGUUCGCUGAGCCGCGCCACUGGGAGCACCAACAUGAACAACCAAUCAAGUCGUUCCCAUGCCAUCUUCACAAUCACAUUGGAGCAGAUGCGCAAAGCAGACCCCAUCAUGGCAUCAGAUGGAAUGCCUAUUGAAGAGAUGAAUGACGAUUAUCUAUGUGCCAAGCUCCACUUGGUAGAUCUUGCGGGGUCGGAACGGGCCAAGAGAACUGGUUCAGAUGGCCUUCGGUUCAAGGAAGGUGUUCACAUCAACAGAGGACUUCUGGCCCUUGGCAACGUCAUAAGUGCUCUUGGAGAUGAGAAAAAGAGGAAAGAAGGUGCACAUGUACCUUACCGGGACAGCAAACUCACUCGCCUUCUGCAGGACUCACUCGGUGGAAACAGCAAGACUGUAAUGAUAGCCUGUAUUAGCCCAGCAGAUAUUAAUGCUGAAGAAACACUGAACACAUUGAAAUACGCUAACCGGGCACGUAAUAUUCAGAACAAACCAAUUGUCAACAGGAAUCCUAUUGCUGAUGAGAUGAAAAGGAUGCGCCAGCAACUCGAGUACUUGCAAGCAGAGCUAGUUUUAGCUCGCGGAGGAGGAGUAGGAUCAGAUGAUGUUCAGGGUCUCAGGGAAAGGAUCUCAUGGCUUGAACACACAAAUGAAGACCUUUGCCGGGAACUUUAUGGCCUUCGCAACCAUGUUCACAGUGAUCCAUGCGAACCUGAACUACAUAAAACUGUAAGUGGCUACACCAAAGGUGAAGGGCUCAAACGAAGCUUGCAAAGUACGGAGCCAUUUGAUGUCCUUAUGACUGAUUCUGUACGAGAAGGCAACCCUAAAGAUAUUGACGAUGAAGUAGCCAAAGAAUGGGAACACACAAUGCUGCAGGAUAGCUUAGGCAAAGAGUUGAAUGAAUUAAACAAACAACUGGAGAAAAAGGAGUCUGAGAUGAAAGGGUAUGGGCAUGAUACUGUUGCACUUAAGCAACACUUUGGAAAGAAACUUAUGGAACUUGAAGAAGAGAAAAGAGCUGUACAGAAAGAGAGGGACAGGUUGUUGGCUGAAGUUGAAAGCCUAAAUGCAGAUGGGCAGACACAUAAGGUGCGAGAUGCCCAACUGCAAAAACUUAAAACCUUUGAAGCACAGAUUCUAGAACUCAAGAAAAAGCAGGAGAGCCAAGUUCAACUUCUGAAAGAAAAGCAGAAGAGUGAUGAAGCUGCUAAGAAACUGCAAGAGGAAAUCCAUUUUAUAAAGUCACAGAAGGUUCAACUACAACACAAGAUCAAACAAGAAGCAGAACAGUUCCGGCAAUGGAAGGCUUCCCGUGAAAAAGAACUUUUGCAGUUGCGGAAGGAGGGACGAAGAAAUGAGUAUGAACGCCACAAACUUCAAGCACUUACUCAGAGGCAAAAAUUGGUUCUUCAAAGGAAGACUGAAGAAGCUGCCAUGGCUACCAAAAGGCUGAAAGAGAUACUUGAAGCUCGGAAAUCUUCAGGGCGUGAUAAUUCAGCUGGCAUGAAUGGCACUUCUCCUGGCUCUCAUAUGAGUGAGAAAUCGUUGCAAAAGUGGCUAGAUCAAGAGUUAGAAGUCAUGGUUCAUGUCCACGAAGUCCGAAACGAAUACGAGAAACAGUCUCAAUUGCGUGCUUUACUUGGCGAGGAGCUUGCCAUUUUGAAGAAAGAAGAUGCUAGUCCGCCAAGAGGGAAGAAUGGAAACUCAAGGACAAAUACCUUGUCACCAAAUGCCCGACAAGCUAGGAUAGCAUCACUUGAGAGCAUGGUCACAAUCUCUUCAAAUACUCUUGUCGCGAUGGCUUCUCAACUUUCAGAGGCUGAGGAAAGAGAGCGUACUUUCUCGGGGCGUGGUCGUUGGAAUCAGUUGCGGUCAAUGGGAGAAGCAAAGAGUUUGCUGCAGUACAUCUUUAGUGUUGCUGCGGAUGCAAGAUGUGAAGUAAGGGAAAAAGAAAUUGAGAUCAAGGAAAUGAAGGAGCAAAUGACGGAGCUUGUGGGCAUCCUUCGACACAGUGAAUCACGCAGGAGGGAACUUGAAAAGCAGAGCAAGCAGAAAGAGCAGACAGCUCCCAUGGCUACUACUCCUCCGGGAAGUGUAAAUGGCUCCGCGAAGCACACUGCGGAUGACUCCAACACACCACUAUCCCCGGUUGCAGUUCCUGCACAGAAGCAGCUGAAGUACUCUGCUGGAAUUGUAAAUAGCCCCAGCAAAGGCGUAGCUGCAUCGAACAAACAACUCAAGAUGGUUCCUAUCGCGCAGUUGCCUGUCGGCAAGAAGGUUUCGAUAUCAGGACAAUCAGGAAAACUGUGGAGAUGGAAAAGGAGCCACCACCAGUGGCUACUGCAGUUCAAGUGGAAGUGGCAGAAGCCCUGGAAACUGUCCGAGAUGAUCCGCCACAGCGAUGAAACGAUCACGAGGGCCAGGCCCAGACCCCAGCUACUUAUCACUCAUAAACCUCAGAAAGUGAUGUGAAACGGGCUUCUCUUUUUUCUCCGGCUUCACAUUGACUGACACGGUUGGUUCACGGACCUACACAGCUAACAAUGCGGCUAAAGGCUUGAUGGGAUCUCCUUCGUGCUUCGUUUUUACCUAGCCACGGGAUCGACAAGUAUAUGUAGGGUGACUUGUCUUUGGGUGUAAAUUUCCUGUGCCUAUAAAGUGAGAUGUGAAUGUAGAGGUGGUGGAGUUAGUGAGUGAGUGAGUGGCCACCAUUCUUCCUGGAAGAAGUGAGCGCGAGGUUUCAUGUUUCAGCCGUCCUUGGUCUGACUGGAGAGAUGCCAACGGUUGGUGUGUUCUUCUACAUAAAGAUUUGCAAGAAGGAUGGUGGAAGUUGGAUGCCUUGUGCUUGUUUCCUUUAUAGUAUUAUUUUCUGUAUGUUGGUACUGAAAGUGGCAAGUCGAAUGACUCUGGUUUGGUUUGUUAGGAAUUAUAUAUUGGUCUGACACAGCAACUUGUGCCCC